AUGCAGAAGUUUCUGGCAAUGCUGGAGGAGAGCAGGGCCAGUUGCUCCCCCUCGGCAGAGCUGGUGGCCCUUGCGACCAGGCUGUGCAGGGACCUCCGGGACAACCUUGCCCAGGUAACGCCCUUGGCAGAAGCUGUGCUGGAGAGCCCUCUGCGGCCGUACCUGCUGGACUGCAAGGAGGUGGCCCUGGUGUGUGCCCUUGUUCUAGCCCAACAGGAGCAGUUCCCGGCAGCCCGCAGACUCCUGGAGGAAUGCCAAGUGCCAGGAGGCAGUUCAGAGCUGGUGGAACUCUGGAACGACAUCCAUUACCGCCAGACCAUGAAGGGGCUGGGUGUGACCACGCUGACCCCAGUGCAGAAGUUCCGAUGCAGAAAGAGGUAUCCCCCACCCCCUACCCUCUGUCCUGAGGGUUUGAGGGGUAGGAAUUUCCCCAGGACUGUUCGCUUAAAGCUGCAAGACUUUGCCUCCAGGGUGAGCGCCAAUCCGGACAAGGCCCAACGGGAGGCCUUGUCAUCAGAGACAGAACUGUCUACUGAGCAGGUCUACAACUGGUUUGCCAAUUACCGCCGCAAACAAAGAGCCCGUCAGCAGCAUUCAGAGACUCUCCAGGGGACUGCAGCAGGAGACCUCAGGAUCUGGAAGACACACCAGGAGCACCCCCAGCCCUCAGGAGAUGAGACCAAGGCGCCCCCACAGCCCCCCAAGGGCAUCCAAGGACCAUGCACAUUGCUUGUCCCCACUCUGCACUUUGCUGGAAGUGAGAAGCCAGAAGCUCCCAGGUCCCUGCAAAGUGGAGAGGUAUACCAGGAGGAACCUGGACAAGACCCUGCCUCUUUUGCGUCCAUUUGCCCUGGCACUGGGCUCUACCCCCUGGAGGCCAGCAGCAGAGUGAUGGACCCAUCCCUGGGCACUCCAGCAUCAUGGCUCAUGCCACUAGCACUGGCGUCCUCUAUGGAAGGCUCUUUCCAGACUGGACAGCUGGUGCAUGACCAGGAGCUCAACUUCUCACUGUCUAGUCUAACCUCUGCUUCAGGACUUUCUGGACCAGCGAGCAGGAACCUUCAGGGCAUGUAUCAGGAGGGAGGUCCAGGCCCCAGCAGUGGUCACAUGGAGCUUCAGACAGAGUACUUCCUGGCAUCACACAGACCACUGCAUGUUCCUGCUGCCGUCGUCCAGGCCCAAAGCUCCCAGGAGCCAGUACAGGCCAUGUCAUGCUUCCCUCAUUCUGUGUCUAAUGUGGAGCUCAGCCCACCCCAGCUGUCUGGCCAGGUGCAGUGUCCUGACAGUCCAGCCUCCAAUGAUGCAUUCUGGGGAGCUCAGAUGCUCUUUGAAUUUUCAGGGGGCAACCUGAAGAGAGAUAUCCUUGAGAAAUGA